GGUUGCUGGCGACAGUAGCCAUCUAGGACUUUCUGUGCAGAGGGCUGCCUUUAGCAAGCCUUGCACACAAUACACGUACUCCUGACAGUACAAUGUCUCGAGUGAUACAGCCACCUCCUAAAUUUCUACCUUCUGAGUGGAAGUAUGCAAACCAGGUGCGCUUAAGGAGCGCAGAGGCAGAGCGGGCGCGCUCGGAGCAGCUUACUGCAGAGUGUAAAAGACUAAUAGAGGAGAGUGAAAAGUCUGCGAAUCGCAUGCAGCAGGAUGCCAACAAGAGGCUAGAGCAGAGAGUUAAAGACAUUAAGUUCUGGAAGCAGGAGCUAGAGCUGAAACUACAGGAAAUGCUGCAAGAGAUUGAGGUGCUCAUCACUUAUAAGAUCCGGGUGGAGAGAGCCUCGGAGAGUUUCUCCGAGCCUCUCAAAGCCACUGUGGAGUGCCUGAAUGAGAGACAGGGGAGAGUGGCCAUAGACCUGGUGAGUGAUGAGGUAGAGAGAGAGCUUCUGAAGGAGAAGGAGGUGAUCGAGGGAGUGGUGGCCCUCCUGCAGCGAACGCUGGAGCAGAUCGUCGAGCAGAUAAGGCUAAAUCGCUCAGCCAAAUACUACUUGGAGAAAGAUCUGCAAGAUAAAUUUAAGGCAGAACGCAUCGAUGAUUUCUGCUCUAUGCUCACCAGCACUUUGGCGAGAGUUGAAGAGCAGAUUGGGCCGGCAGAGUUCACUGCGGGAGGCCCCGGAGUGAUGGUGAUGCUGAAGGAGUGGGUGACCUUCACCGACAUGAACAUCGGCAAGGCGGAGAAGGAAAGGAGCAACUCACUGUCCCUGCGGGCCCUGGUCAACAGCUUGUUGGAGCAGACAGCUGCGGACGUGCUGCGGCAACACCAGGCCACCGACGCCGCCCUGGAGCGCCGCGUGCACGAGAGCCGCACGGCCAAAGGCCAGCUGGAAGACCAGCUGAACAAGCUGCUGCUGGAGAUCGCGAGCCAGGAGCAGAACCUUUCGGCUCUUAGGGUGGCCAUCACGGAUAAGGAGGCUCCUCUGAAAGUGGCCCAGGCACGGCUGCACGCCCGCUACCAGCGGCCCGGUGUCGAGCUCUGCAGCGACCCCGUGCACACCCGCCUACUCUCUGAGGUGCAGCAGCUCACGGACAACAUUGCGAGGUUGAAAGAGGGCCUAACCCAGGCGGAGAUGGAGCUCAAAGCCCUGAUCCGAAACCAGCUGCUCCUGGAGGAGGAGAUCCAGGUCAAAUCACGCUCCCUCUACAUAGAUGAAGUGAUCUGCUCCCAGCUCCGUCAACCCAUCACAAUUCACAGCUUUUAAACAGGGCACAAGGGAGCUGGAGGCU